UGUUUUUUCUCCUUUUAAUUUAACUUCAAAUUCAUGCUCACGCCGACCAUCGUCGCCGCCUCAUAGACCAACUUUCCAUAGCUUCUCUCCCUCUCUCUCUCUCUCUCCUCGCUUCGCCCAUUGCCAAGUUCUCUUCUGCUGUUUUCCAGGUUACUACUACAAUGGCGGGCAGUGUUCUGGCACUUACAAAUGAUGCAAUCCUACCUGUCAGUGCUGUUUCUAAUGCAAUAAUAGAGCUUGGGGAUGAAGUGGUUGAAAUGCGUGAUCCUUUAAUUAUUACUCAAGUUUCUUUGUUAAGUCAGUUGCCAGUAAAAUCAUCUUCCAUCGACGUUGUUCUAUCUGUUUGUAGAUCGCUUGUUACUCCUAGUGACCAAUUGUUUAAAGAAAUGUUGAGAGUGUUGAAGCCUGGUGGAACAAUCCUUCUCUGCCAUUCUGAGUCAGCUACUGAGGACACAGAUAAAGUGACCUCUGCUCUUGAGCGCAAGCUACUAUUGGCUGGUUUUCUCGAGGCAAAUUCACUUCCACGAAAAUCAGUUUUGGCAUCUGAUGAGCUGUCAUUUCUGGUUAAGGCUAAGAAGCCUUCUUGGAACGUUGGUUCAUCCUUUGCCAUUAAGAGGGCUCCAAAAAGUUCACCAGUAGUUCAGAUUGAUGAUGAUUAUUCAGAUUUGAUUGAUGAGGAUAGCCUAUUAACUGAAGAGGAUUUGAAGAAACCCCAACUUCCACUGGUUGGAGAUUGUGAAGUUGGAGCUACAAAGAAAGCUUGUAAAAAUUGCACAUGUGGGAGAGCAGAAGCUGAGGAGAAAGUGGAAAAGUUAGGAUUGACUGAUGAUCUACUAAACAAUCCUCAAUCAGCCUGUGGCAGUUGUGGACUGGGAGAUGCUUUUCGGUGCAGUACAUGUCCAUACAAGGGUCUUCCUCCAUUCAAACUGGGCGAGAAGGUAGCAUUGUCUGGAAACUUUCUUGCAGCAGAUAUAUAGAGAUGGAGAAUUAUGCUUUUUGUCAUAGAGACGGAGUUUUCAAAUACUCACUCUACAACGGCUAUAGCUUAUUAUGCCUGCAUUCUUUUUGCAUGAUUUUCUACAUUUUCAUUGUCCACUUGUAUUGAAAGAUCAAAGUUCUUGAUUUUGUACUUGUUCUUGUUCUUAGUCCAAACUGUUAAAACUCCAGUUCAGUAGCUGUUCAUGUACAAGUUUCAGUGUGAUGCAUACAGACGUAUGAAAUACUAGUUUGAGUAACUUGUUGCUUUUGAGAAUUUCUUAGCUUUUGAGAAAAGUUUGGUAAAAUGUUGCUUUGUAGGCUGGUCACUUGGAACUUAAAUGCUCUCUGUUGUGUAGAAGUUUGAAUUAAUUUUUUUUAAAAAGUAUGCUUAUUUAGUAGGA